AUGUUCGCCUAAGAGAGCGAAACGUAUUUACUACACUUGUAUAUCGGUAGGCCAGUGAUGAUGUUGCCCUUAGCGCUGCUGCUUCUAUUUGGCGUAUGCACUGCACGGAGGAUCACUUGCUCAGAUGGGGAUAGCCUGCGGCAGCUACACAUUGUGUACAGACAUGGAGACCGAACCCCAACGUCUCUUUACCCAAAUGACCCCAACACCCCAGAAGACUUUCCUGAAGGGCUAGGACACAUCACCCAUAAAGGAAAGAACGAUCAGUACAACCUGGGCCGGUACCUCCGUGUGAAGUAUGAAGACUUCCUCACCUAUGACCCUAACGAGAUGCGGGCCCGAAGCUCUGGACGUGACCGCUGCCUGGAGAGUAUCCAAACGAACCUUGCCGGCCUUUACCCUCCCCGAGGAAAGCACGUGUGGAACAACCAAGUGGACUGGCAACCGGUUCCUGUACAGACGAUGCCUGUUGAUCUCGACGGGAGGUUGUACGAAGAUGCGAUUUGCCCAAACGCGGAAGUGGCUCUUGAUCACAUCCACAAGUCUCCACAAGGCAGUGAAAUCCUGUCUGAAAACGCAAACCUCAUGGCAACUCUAGAAAAGUUGUCCGGGAAGCGCAUGAAGGACUGGGUGAGCGUCCGAGAUCUUCUCGAUACACUUACGAUUGAGAGAGACCGUGGACUGAAGAUCCCAGAAUGGGCGUUCGGCUUGUGGCGCAACAUGACAGAACUGGCGAAAUAUACUACCAUCAUGAACUACAAAAGCCAAGAAUACAACAAAUUCCGCGCAGGUCUGCUAAUAAAGGAUAUCGUGAAGCAUGCAGAUGAUGUGGUCGGCGGUGACAACAAAGUGAAAUUGUACAUGUACGCUUCGCAUGACGUGGCGAUUGCCGCACUGACAUCCGCCUUCGGGGUAUUCAAUCAGUUGGCCGUCCCCUCAUCCACGGCUGUGAUCACGGAACUGCAUGAAGAUCCCCAUAGUGGCGAAUACUUCGUUCAGAUGUUCUUCAAAAACGAGACCACACGAAAGCCUUACAAGCUACACAUUGAAGGAUGCGAGGGCUAUCGAUGCUCUCUGCAAACAUUCAAAGAGCUUGCAAGCCCAUAUAUUCCUGAUGACUGGAGACAGGAGUGUGGGUUAGAUCCCUUGCCAGGAGGAUUCCAUCUUUUUGCAUAACCAAACAUAAGUGUGCCUUUCAAUAAACGCUCGAAACCUGUCCAUUCAA